AAUCAACGCGUUUUCUACAACCAACAGGUGCUCCUGUCGCUCGUCAGCGUGUCGUUGGCUAAACCCCAACACCUGCCGGCGGCCGCCCAAUAUCCGGCUGGUGUAAAUCCACAGGACUGUCCCGGCUUUCCGAUCUGUGAUAACGCCCGUUUGCACAAUCCACAAUCGCAUUGGGGUGCACCCGCUCCCGCUUGGCAACCGCAACAACAAUGGGGCGCUCCAGCUCCCGCUUGGCAACCAGAACAACACUGGGGCGCACCCGCACCCUCAUGGCAGCCAGCACCAGCGCCUAGCGCUGGCGGUGACAAAUUCCCAGCUGGCGUGAAUCCACACACCUGCCCCAACUAUCCAUUCUGCGAUGUGAAUGCUGGUCAUCAUGGCGCCGUCGCUGCGCCACCACUACCCGGCUGGACCGAACGUCAGUACCCAGCUGGCGUGUCGCCACAUCAGUGCCCUAACUUCCCUUACUGUAACUAAGCGCAGGCCAUAGCCACAGUCGCAGUCGCUGUCGCAGACACAGCCACAGCUACAAGUACAGUUACAGUUAAAGUCAAUGUAGCUGCGGUAGUCAGCGCCUGUAACAAUAUCACCUGUCGGACGAAGUCCCGCUUUCAGCAUCCUAUCGAAACUCACCGCAUAUCCAGCCAAUCACUGCCCCGCCCCGGCCAUUUUCACCAACUUCAACACCACUUCCGCACUCCUUCGCUCUUCCUCUUACAACGCCUCAAGUUCUCAAUGCUAUUGUACAGUUGGAGUUUGUUGUUGGUCCAUAAGUAAAUAAAAUGUGCAUUUGGAAGUCUUUUUUGUCCUUAUAAA